CUCGCGGCGGGUUGGUUUUGAAUCGAGCCACUGCGAGUGUCGGAGAGAGAGACGCGUAAAACCCUCAAACCCCUCCGAAACUACUGCUUCUUCUUCUUCCUCCUCUCCUUCUUCGUUGUCGUCGUCUUCGUCGUGCCCUCCUCUCGGUGAAGGGCCUGGUUGGCUAGGCUUGCUGAAGUUGCCAGUCGCCUUUUGAUCGCGAACCGUCGUCGCGUGUCUCCGGACCAGGGGAGCUGCGUCGUGUUCUAGUCCGCGUUCGAACUUCGUUUUGCUGAAUGUGAGGAAAGGCAAACACAAAGUUGUAUGAUAGAUGGCGUGGACAGAAAAGGAUGCUGGUAAUGGGGGUGGAAAGGAUCUAAUUGCUGAAAAUGGUUUCAUGAAAGCAUCGGGGUCUUCUCCUGCUGCUGACACAACUGUUUCUGGUGCUUCACCGAAGAAGAUAUUCGAGGGGAAGGAUGCCCUCUCUUAUGCCAACAUACUACGAAGCAGGAACAAGUUUGCGGAUGCUCUGGCAUUGUAUGAGAGUAUCUUGGAAAAAGACAGCGCAAAUGUCGAGGCUUACAUUGGCAAAGGCAUAUGCCUGCAGAUGCAGAAUAUGGGGAGGCUCGCUUUUGAUAGCUUUGCAGAAGCCAUAAGGUUGGAUCAGCAGAAUGCUUGUGCCCUGACCCACUGUGGCAUACUGUACAAGGACGAGGGCCGCCUCAUGGAGGCUGCCGAGUCAUAUCAAAAGGCUCUCAAAGCGGAUCCUUCAUACAAGCCUGCUGCAGAGUGCUUAGCUAUUGUGCUAACAGACAUUGGGACCAGCUUAAAGCUUGGUGGUAACACCCAGGAAGGGAUUCAGAAGUAUUAUGAAGCACUUAAAAUUGAUCCCCACUAUGCUCCCGCGUAUUACAACCUCGGUGUUGUCUACUCUGAAAUGAUGCAAUAUGACACAGCCCUUAAUUGUUAUGAGAAGGCUGCUCUGGAGAGGCCUUUGUAUGCAGAAGCUUAUUGCAACAUGGGGGUCAUAUACAAGAACCGUGGUGACUUGGAGUCAGCUAUUGCCUGCUAUGAGAGAUGUCUUGCUGUGUCUCCAAACUUUGAGAUUGCAAAAAACAACAUGGCAAUUGCUUUGACAGAUUUAGGAACGAAGGUAAAAUUGGAAGGAGACAUAAACCAAGGUGUGGCAUAUUACAAAAAGGCUUUGUACUAUAAUUGGCACUAUGCGGAUGCCAUGUAUAAUCUUGGUGUUGCUUAUGGUGAAAUGCUGAAGUUUGAUAUGGCGAUUGUGUUCUAUGAACUUGCUUUCCAUUUUAACCCACAUUGCGCUGAGGCAUGCAACAAUUUGGGAGUAAUCUACAAAGAUCGUGACAAUCUUGAUAAAGCCGUGGAAUGUUACCAGUUAGCUUUAUCAAUCAAACCUAAUUUUUCUCAGUCAUUAAACAAUCUGGGUGUUGUAUACACGGUUCAGGGUAAAAUGGAUGCAGCUGCUAGCAUGAUUGAAAAAGCUAUUAUUGCUAAUCCAACAUAUGCUGAGGCAUACAAUAACUUAGGGGUUCUUUAUCGAGAUGCUGGCAGUAUAACAAUGGCAAUUAAUGCCUAUGAGCAAUGCCUCAAAAUAGAUCCUGAUUCUCGGAAUGCUGGCCAGAAUCGGCUUCUUGCUAUGAACUACAUAAACGAGGGGCAUGAUGACAAACUUUUUGAGGCUCACAGGGACUGGGGUAGACGCUUUAUGAGGUUGUAUCCACAGUACACUUCAUGGGAGAACACGAAAGAUCCAGACAGACCUCUUGUGAUUGGAUAUGUGUCUCCUGACUACUUUACACAUUCAGUGUCAUAUUUUGUUGAAGCGCCUCUUUCAUAUCACGAUUAUUCAAAUUACAAUGUGGUGGUUUAUUCCGCAGUUGUGAAGGCAGAUGCAAAAACUUUCAGGUUCAGGGAUAAAGUAUUGAAAAAUGGUGGGAUAUGGAGAGAUAUAUAUGGAAUUGAUGAAAAGAAGGUUGCCAGCAUGAUCAGGGAAGAUAAAGUUGAUAUCUUAGUUGAACUCACUGGUCAUACUGCCAAUAACAAGCUGGGAAUGAUGGCUUGCCGACCUGCUCCAGUUCAGGUAACUUGGAUUGGCUAUCCAAAUACAACUGGUUUGCCUACUGUAGACUACAGAAUUACCGACUCCCUUGCAGAUCCUCCUGAUACAAAGCAGAAGCACGUUGAAGAGCUGAUCCGGUUACCAGAGUGCUUCCUUUGUUAUACACCUUCCCCUGAGGCUGGGCCUGUUUGUCCGACUCCUGCGCUUUCAAAUGGCUUUGUAACAUUUGGUAGCUUCAAUAACUUGGCAAAGAUAACUCCUAAAGUGCUGCAAGUUUGGGCAAGAAUACUUUGUGCAGUUCCAAACUCUCGUCUGGUGGUAAAGUGUAAACCUUUCUGUUGUGAUAGUGUAAGGCAGAGAUUCCUCACAACUUUGGAGCAGCUGGGAUUGGAACCUUUACGUGUUGAUUUACUUCCUCUAAUUCUUCUUAACCAUGAUCAUAUGCAAGCAUAUUCUCUCAUGGAUAUCAGCUUGGAUACUUUUCCUUAUGCUGGAACUACUACAACAUGUGAAUCAUUAUACAUGGGGGUCCCAUGCAUUGCAAUGGCCGGUUCAGUUCAUGCUCACAAUGUUGGUGUGAGUCUCCUGACAAAAGUUGGACUAGGACAUCUGAUCGCCAAAAAUGAAGAUGAAUAUGUUGAGUUGGCUCUGCAACUGGCAUCCGAUGUUAAUGCUCUCUCAAAGUUGAGAAUGAGUCUCCGGGAACUGAUGUCCAAGUCUCCUGUAUGUGAUGGGCCAAAAUUUGUCUCCGGUUUGGAAUCAACAUACAGAAGUAUGUGGCAUAGGUACUGUAAAGGUGAUGUACCGGCCUUGAGGAAUUUGGAAAUGCUUCAACAACAUGCAGCUUCCGAACCUUUGAGUGCGCCUGCUACAAACAUCUCAGUUUCACUGGAAAUCCCUCCUGAGUCAACCAAAGUGAAUGGAUUUGCACAGGUGGCACCUGUUCUGACUCUAUCCUCUAGUGAAGAAAAUGGUCAGGCGAAUGAAGCAGCCAAAAAUGGGAAAUGAGGUGUAUAGUGGAUUUUUGUGCUUGCUGGGGAAUCCGGGUUAUAACUUGAAAGGCCACUUUGAACAAAUAUGCAUUCUUAGAAGUGUCAGUGUAUGCUUAUUGGGCUUCCGCGGGUUGAGCCUCGCAGCGAUCCUUGAAAAGAAUUGCAUUGUUUGGGAAAUCCUGAUAUCCACGCAAGUGGACAACGAGAAAGCGAUUUGAAGAGGUUUAUAGGUCGUCGAACCCCCCGAAAGAGAUUAUAGUGAUGGGCUGUAAAGUACAACUUGUUCUAGUUGCAUAGUUAUUAUUCAAUUUUUCUUCUUUUGCCUUUUCGGGUAUGGGAUGGUGGGGGGUUGGUCUUGGUCAUGGUUGUAUCCUCAGUUACAUAGAUCUGAUGGUAACUUCUCUCGAUCUUCUGAUAGAAAAAAUUAGAUUUUAGCCA